ACACAGCUUCAUCAUUUGUAAAUAAAAUCAUCAUCAUUAUGAAUACAUGAGAAUUUUCAGUUAACCCACUUCACACUGAAGUAAGUAAAGCUGCAUCUUUGUUGAUAUUUUUUCCAAACACAUUGAACAUCACAGACUAAUGAAAUCUCCUGGUAUAAUUGGACCUGGAGAGGAGACUUUUGCCUUGAAUGACUCAAAUUUUCUUGAAAACUAGUCGAUAAUAAGGAGCAUCAAGGGAAACUUGAGAUGAAAGCAUGAGAAGAGGAGCAUAAAGUAAGACAGGAAAGAAGAGCUUGGUUGGUGAAGCUGUCAAAUUAACAAUAGUGAUGUUUUAAAUAAAGCUCCAGCAGAUGUGUUUAUGACCCCGUCUGGAAAGUAACUGGUGCAGGGCUGAAAAUACUGGCGUCAGGGUUUCUCCCGUGUUUUUGGCGGAGGCACGGCAGGAUGGAAAAGGUUGUUUAUGUGAGAUUGGAAUUAGAUAGGAAGAGGUAAAGCUUUCUUUCCUGGUGCCAUUCAACAGCUGACGUUUGUGUUCAGAAGUUCAUAUGACCUGCAGUUUUUGAUGGACGAAGAAGGGAUGAAAAAUAGCUCCAAAACGGGACAGCAUGUCCUGCUUCCUGUGUUUGUUUCCAUUUAUUAUCUGCUUCCUGUUUGUAGUCUAGCCAGAGGAGGGGCUAAAUUUGAGAAAAGGAAGAGCUCAGGGUUAUAAGAGGAGAUCACAUCUUCCAGAAAAUACAACUCCAGAUUUGGUGAAGCUUAAAGAGAUGAGAGGAAAGUCGGGGAUGAGACGCUGCUCAGACUUGUAAUCAUGAUUCUUAUCCAGCUGCUUUUGAUGCAGGCAGAUCCCUCACCGAUGAAGACGACCUGGUACUGUCCUCUGGAUUUGUCCACGGUGGUGGAGGAGGAGGAGGAUGGAGUGAUCUACACGGUUGUGGUCAAACAGCAGCAUGUUUCUCCCAACAGUUCCAUGUCGACCGUUUCUCGUUCCCAGUGCGUAAAAGCAGGAACAGAGGAGAAGCUGGUGCUGCACCUCCUCCACUCCUUCGCUAUGGGAGACUCGUCCUUCGUCUCCAUCUUCCUCUCCACCUACCGGUCCUUCACCUCCACUGAGAGAGUCUUGGACAUCCUCACUGACAGACUAGAGAAUCCUCCUGGGGAGAACGAGAGGAGCCAGACCAGACAAUCCUUCAACAAAGCAGUAUGCACCGUGUUCAGCACUUGGCUGUCUGAGUAUCCCGAAGACUUCGAAAGCCUCGGGGAGCCGUCCCGUCUGUUGCGACUAGGUCCCCUUCUCCCUCAGGACUCCUCGUCUGCUGCUGACCUCCGCGCCCGCCUCCUCAGGACAGCCGAGGAGCUCAGUGAGAAGGCUCUUCUCCCCGACACCAACAAAGAUCAGAGCAGUUUCACCAGUGCUCCUCCUGACCCCUCUAAGUUUGAACCCACCAACAUCCUGGGAUUCUCCGCCUCUCUCAUCGCAGAACAGCUCACCAAGAUCGAAACGGAGCUGUUUGUCCGUCUGGUUCCGUACCACUGCCUCGGUUCCCUGUGGUCACAGAGAGACAAAAAGGGCAGGGAGGGAGUCUGUUGGUCCGUCCGAGCUACCGUACGUCAGUUCAACAAGCUGGCCAACGCGGUUUUAGCGUCCUGUCUUUGGCCCACGAAGCUUCGCUGCCAGCAGAGAGCACGGCUCCUGGAGAAAUGGAUCAGCGUGGCCGAGGAGUGUCGAGCAAGGAAGAAUUUCUCCUCUCUGUAUGCCGUGGUGUCGGCGCUGCAGAGCAACCCAAUCCACAGGCUGAGGAGAACGUGGCAGGAGACCGACAGGGAGGCCUUGAGGAGAUACGAGGAGCUAUCAGAAAUAUUCUCAGAGAAGGACAACUAUUCACAUAGCAGAGAACUCCUGAAGGAGGAAGGGACUUCAAAGUUUGCCAACCUUGACAACAGGCUGAACAACAAACACUCUAACAGGUCCAACGCUCAGGGCACCGUGCCCUACCUGGGAAUCUUCCUCACUGACCUCACCAUGCUGGACACAGCAGUCAAAGACCGGCUGGAUAACGGCUACAUCAACUUUGACAAGAGGAGAAGGGAAUUUGAAGUUUUGGCUCAAAUCCGUCUCCUGCAGUCGUCCUGCAAAAACUGUGUUUUCACUGCUGACGAGAGCUUCUUACAGUGGUAUUACAGCGUACCCACGCUGACAGAGGAGCAGAGCUACAGACUGUCCAAUGAGAUCGAAGCUCCCUGCGACCCGAGUCCUCGCGGCCUUGCCCCAACUGUCAUCAUCACCCAGUGUCCAGGUCUGAGCAACUCCCGGACCAGCCUGGCUGCUGACAACGACAGCCUCUUUUACUUUCACUCACCCGUCAAUAACUUCUUCUCAAAACUAACAAAGCAUAUGAGAUCUCCAUCUGUGUCCUGUCUGGAUGUGGACACCUCCCCUUCAACCAACGAGUCCACCCCCACCACGCUGACUCCAUCCUCUCCUACUAAAUCCCACCGCCGAUCGGCCUCCUGUGGCAACAACCCCCCCAGUAACAUCCAGGGGUCGGGGCCCGACAUGCGGAUCAUCAGGAUACGAAUGGCCUUACAGGAUGGGAACCUGUACAGAAGCAUUCUGGUCACGAGUAAUGACAAGACCCCCACGGUGAUCAGUUCCGCCCUGGAGAAACACAGUCAGGACCCCAAACAGGCGUCCAGAUACGAGCUGAUCCAGCUUCUGCCAGAAGGAAAAGAACUGGUCAUUCCUGCUACAGGAAAUGUGUUCUAUGCCAUGACAUCAUCUAGUGUUGACUUCCUGCUGAGGAAGAAGGAUGGUAACACCCAACUGGGCUUACAGCCAAUCAGCACAGAGACGAGCGCCACUUUUCCUCGGAUUAAGGCCAAAGGAAGGAGGCUGGUCCGGACUUUAUUUUGACACUAGAUCGAUCCGAACGUAUGCAUGAGUGUGUGUGUCGGGGAGUAGUGCUGCAUGCAAAAGCAAAAUCUACACAAGCCUCGUUUCCGUGCACCUACCAAGUCUGUUUUGCCGAACCCAACCGGGAAGAAUCCUGCAUGUGUUUAAAUGAAUGAAUUCAUUCAGCGAGGCGCACCACUGCCGUGCUCAUCAAGAGCCAUCUGCUGCCGGGGAACACUGUCAGCUUUCCCAAUUCUUACAAAAUAUGCAAAAAACCAAGAGGAAGAGCACUGAAGGCCCCUACCUAAGUGCUUUUGGUGCUGGCUCGCAAGUAGCUGUCAUGUAGCACUUGAUGCAUUUUAUUUCAAUCAACUCAGUGAGCAGGAUGUGUAAGUGCCGCUGUAGAAGUGUAGCAGCCCACUGAAGCAUGGCAGAGACAUUUACAGGUUUUAUAUGUAUUUAUAUAUUUUGUAUGCAAGUGUUGCGUGAGCACUGACUAAGAGCUUUGACAACUGAUUUACUGAGAGAGGGAAAAAAAACACCUUCAAGGUUUGAUGGAGUUCAGCUUUUGUCUGCAGACGACGUGAAUUAAGUCACUUUUCCUUUUCAGCAUCAACACAAAGCUGCAUUAAUUACUGAAAAAAUUGUGUUAAAAGGAUGCUUAGGCUAUUUUAGGGGGUAUAAAUAAUUAAUGUUUGCCUCCUGAAUGGCCUCUGUUCAGAUAAAUAGAGCUCUGACAGGACUGAUGCGCUAACGACUAGUACAAAUACAGUCAAGACCAAAGUGGGUUGCUGUUAUCUUAAAGCAAUCUUCAAAAUUAGAAAAAUUCAUGCAAACAUAAAGUCACAGACAUCUGAUUGAUGGAAAGUUUAAAUGUGAGUCCAUUACUAGCAACAAGAACAGAAUCUGGGUCAGUUUUUGUACGCGUUAUGGUCGGCAGUUAUAUCCGAAAGUAUCUCAAAGGAUUUAAUUCCUUUUCCAGGGUUUAUUCAAACCUGCGUCACACGUAGCAGUCUCAGGCAUCCAUCUUAACUCUCUCAUUCACUUCUACCUAUGCGCUUCUAUCCUAUAUUGCCCCCUAGUGGAAGACAAAACAGUACGGAGGACAAAACUCUGCUUUGUGGCAAGUCAGUGAGGGAUUGUUCUCCCAGUUACCAGGAAAUUUAAUUAAAAGCAACAAACAAAAAUAACCCUGAGGAAUGAAAGACAAAAUCUUUUUAUGGAAAUGUGAUACAGUAAAAUUAUUUUAGUUCACCUGAAUUUCCCUUUUACCCCAGCCUCCCACCGUGUGUGUAGCGGUGUUAACCGGAUAUGUCCCAGGAGCGUAGUGUAACAGCGCUCCGCUAAAUAUCUAACUUUUUACGCUCUUCACUUUCAGACCACAUCAAGCUCCAUACUUUAGAUCGAGCCAGACAGAAAUCAGCAGUGUAAAACGUACAGCAGAUUUCAAAAUAAAAGACGUGCAGAUUUUCUUUUGCUUAAGUAUUAAAGGCGUGGAAAAUUAAACCAUUUUGUAAUUAUUAUUUUUGAUUAUAAUCGGUCACUCUGAGUUUUUCAUGCAGGGUGAACAUGAAAAUCGUCUUCUACACCUAUUUAGGAAUUUUCCUGUGAGUUUGUGAUGUUACGGGACCAGCAGCGUGGAAUGCUUUCGUGCUGUGCAUCUGAAAUUCUCCCCGUAGGAAGGGCCGCGUUUUUUAUUAUAAAUUAAUGUCACACACGUCACUGGAAUUAUGGCAGUACUCGAUUAGCUCAUCAGUCCUGAUAGAACUUAACUCUUAUUCUUUAAACUGAGGCUGUUCAGGAAGUUAUAGGAUAGAGAUAAUCUUUUUUUUUUUACAUUAAAUAGGCCACAAAAUCCCCCCUUUUUAAAAAUCCAGCUGAAAAACUAGAUUACUGCAGCUUUAGGAGAAACAAAAACUUCAAGCACUUUAAAAAUGCGCAGCUUUGGCUUUUUCAUGUAAUCUCAAAAAGGCAAGACAGUUUUUUAAAGCUUUACUUUUUUUCCCAGACUGGAACUUUUCCACCAAACAAAAGCUGAAUUAUUAAUUUCUCCAGGUUUUAAUUUGCUUUGAACACAAAGUUUAAUGUAAACUUGUUACUACGAAAGGAAUCGUGUGACCUCUGAUUUCCUUCUCGGCGCCGAUGAGGCCUCCUGAUUGGCCGAGGCACUGGGACUGCGGGGCCAGGGAGAGGAUUCUGGGUAAUUUUGAUUACUUGUGUGAGCAUAACGCUGUGCCCCUGGCUGUUUUAGUGCCUUUUUUCUACUGGGUGCUCACCUUUCCCAUCAGAAUGUAUUGAGAACACAUGGAGGAGAAAAAAAAAACUCCAGUGUUGUGCAGUUUCACAUCAAACCUAUUUAUGCACUACAAACAGGAUGUCCUAUUUUGUGGAAAUAAAUUUACUUUUCUAUGAA